AUGCUAAAUUGUUCGAAUAUUUUUCAUGAUGUUAGAACACAAUUUAUUUUCAUGACAUCAUUUCUAAAUUUGAAGAACCAUGCAAAAUAUGUUGGGUGGCUUUGACCAGAAGGAGAAAUUCUGCUAAAAAUGAUUCUAGCUAUAUUUAUUAGCUCGGAGAGAUGCCAUGCAACCGGUUAGUUCCGAGACUUAAUCUUCAAAAGGUAAGAGUUACACUUUUGUUUAGGAUUUGUUUUUGCACAUCAAUUUGAAGUGGCAGAUUUGGAACUGCAAAGCAGCAGAGAUUACACUUCUAUCUUCUUGAAACGUCUUGAAAGGGAGUCCAUGAGCUAAAAAGUUGAGGUAAAAAUUUUACUUGUCACGAAUGAUUUUACGUGUCAAAUCACCCACAGGUUAUCCAAAAAUCAACCAGUAGGUGUUGUGACCUCCAAAAAUACCCACUUCUACUGCCAUUUAACUGUAAUCUUGGUCUUUCCACCUGGGCAAUUCUGUUUUUUCCCUCAAAUAAAAAGUUUCAAGAGGCACUAAUUCAGGUGAGUUUAAAUGAAUAAAUGUAUCCACCUGACAAGGACCGUUCUUGAGGGUUGAAAAGAGCACAGAGGAAAAAAAGGAGGGCGGAAGGGCGAAGGGGUUGAGGAGAGCGAGCUUUGCUUUGAGUGGUAGUGGGAUAGUGGUUGCGUCAGAAGUUGUGAAAUCUUCCUAGUCAAGGCUGGGAACACCCCUCAUCAAUUCCCAGCAGAAGGGCCGGCUAGCCAAUUUUCAGCCUGGUAAAGAGAGGGUGUGCUAGAUCCCUGAGCUGGGCGUUUGCAAGGUGCAUCAAUAUCACUGGCCUUCAGUGGCUGAGGCGCUCAGCUCCGCACUCACGCGUCGCAAACUUUCUGCAAGUACAACUUUUCGACGGAAAGGAAGGGGGGACUGGGGGGCACGUAGGGAGGAGGGGGCGGGAGGCAAGUGGGGCUAGAAGCGAAACCAAAGAUUGAGGCUAGCAUGAGGGCGGAUGCCCGCUGAGCCGCGGGCCUGAAAGGGAGCCAAUCGGACAGCCCCGACCGCUGCCAAUCAGACGACUCCCUCCAAUCCCACCCGUGCCAUUUCCAAAAUCUCGGUCCCACUGUGCAGCUCAAAUGUGGUGUUCGUUCUGCCAAUCGCUGGAGGACAGAGUGGGGAAAGGAAUAAGAGGAGUUAGGAGACAAGGACAAAAGAAGUUAAAGAGCGCUUAAUAUAUACAUGUUUUUGAAGGCAGGCAGAGGGAAAAAAAUAACAACAGUGAGGGUAUAUGGGCCUGAUUGUGUAGUACUGAUGGAGCCCCCUUUGAGCAAGAGGAAUCCGCCGGCGCUGAGAUUAGCAGAUUUGGCAGCGGCUCAGCCCCAUCCUCAUCAGAGUAUGACAGGCUUCCCCGGACUGGGGAGUCAACCCGCUCAUUCCCACCACCACGCUGCAGCAGCCGCAGCCGCCGCUGCAGCUGCAGCUCAUCUCCACCCCCGGGAUCUGGGGAGUGACCCUGGAGUGGCCCUCACUCCGUUCGGACCCGAGCACAUGGCUCAGGCGAACACGCUCAAACUCAGCCCUCCCUCCCAGCCGCUUCCAGCGCACCCCGAAGCCCAGGCGGUUGCAGCUGCUACUGCCGCGUUCGCCUUGAAGUCCGGCGCGGGCAACUACCCCAGUGGUGGGGGCAGUGCAGCGCAGUCUGCACCUCCUCCCCCAGCCCCUCCCCUUUCCUCCUCCUCUUCCCCCUCUCCUCCUCCCCCUCCCCCUCCCCCUCCUCCUCCUCCACCUCCUUCUGCCCUCGCGGGCUACACCGCCACCAACAGUGGUGGUGGCGGCGGCGGCUGCGGCGGUAGUGGCAGCAUUAGCGGCAGCAGCAAGACCAACAGCAGGGACUUCAUCCUCAGGAGAGACCUUUCCACCACGGCCCCCGCUGCUGCCAUGCACGGGGCGCUUGGAGGGGAGCAGCAUUCCCGGGCAGGCUCCCCCCAGCACCCACCCCCGCCUCCCCACUCUAGCAGCAUGUUCAUCUCCUCGACUGGAGCCUAUGCGGCCCCGGAUGGGUCUGGAGGCGGCGGCGGCGGGGGUCCCGCGCUGUUCCCUGGGCUGCAUGAGCCGUCUGGGGGUCCAGGGAGCCACCCCCACCCGCUGAACGGCCAGAUGCGCCUGGGUCUGGCCGCGGCGGCUGCGGCGGCCGCGGAACUCUAUGGUCGUGCUGAGCCGCCCUUUGGACCCCGUUCCGGAGACUCGCACUACGGGGCAGCGGCUGCAGCUGCCGCCGCCGCCGCCGCGGCAGCUUCCCUGCACAGCUACGGCUCCUUGAACUUAAACCUGAACCUGGCAGCGGCGGCGGCGGCGGCGGCGGCCGGGCACGGGCAUCACCAUCACCACCACCACCCUCCACCUCCCGCACCUCCACCACCUCCGCCUCCUCCGCCUCCCCCUGCUCACCACCCCCACCAUCACCACCCCCACCACCCCGGGGCGGCGGCGGCAGCGGCCGCGGCCGCUGGGGCCUUCCUCCGGUACAUGCGGCAGCCAAUCAAGCAGGAGCUGAUCUGCAAGUGGAUCGACCAGGAAGAGUUGCAGCUGCAGCAACAGCAACAGCAGCAGCAGCAGCACCCGCCGCCCCCUGCCUCGAAACCUUGCUCCAAAACUUUCAGCACCAUGCACGAGCUGGUGAACCAUGUCACGGUGGAGCACGUGGGGGGGCCCGAGCAGAGCAGCCACGUCUGCUACUGGGAGGACUGUCCCAGGGAAGGCAAACCCUUCAAGGCCAAGUACAAGCUCAUUAAUCAUAUCCGCGUGCACACCGGAGAGAAGCCGUUCCCCUGCCCCUUUCCGGGCUGCGGGAAAGUCUUCGCCCGCUCAGAGAACCUCAAGAUUCACAAGCGCACUCAUACAGGGGAGAAGCCCUUUAAAUGUGAAUUCGAUGGAUGUGAUAGAAAGUUUGCCAAUAGCAGUGACCGAAAGAAACAUUCCCACGUCCAUACCAGUGAUAAGCCCUACUAUUGUAAGAUUCGAGGCUGUGACAAAUCCUAUACACACCCUAGCUCUUUGAGGAAGCAUAUGAAGAUUCACUGCAAGUCUCCUCCACCUUCUCCAGGUGGUCUUGGUUACCCAUCAAUGGGGACCCCGAUAGGAGCCCCCUUGUCUCCUGUCCUGGACUCAGCCAGGAGCCGUUCUGCCACUCUUUCCCCUCAGGUCACCAAUCUCAAUGAGUGGUAUGUUUGUCAGGCCAGUGGAGCCCCAAACCACCUCCAUACACCUUCCAGCAAUGGCACCACUUCAGAAUCAGAAGAUGAAGAAAUUUAUGGGAACUCUGAUGCUGCAAGAACUAUUCACUAGAAAUAAUAAUACUAGUCAAAAUAAUAAUAAAAGUUUUCAAUAUGGAAAUCUUGGGACUAUUUCCUGAACUGAGACAAUGUAGAGCCUGAAGCAAACCGAUGGCUCAGACAUGCCACCUGGUUUAACUAGUCCUAUUUAUUCUGUAUGAAACCCUAUGGUGUUUGUAUACUUAAUUUAAUUAAGAUACUUGGAACUUUUUUUUCUUUAAAAAAAAUUUACCAAGCUGGACUAACUCAGUGAACUAAGUUGUAUGUUGCAGGGGGAUAGGGGGUGGGGGCUAAUAGGCCCAGGGAAAUGAAUGGACAGACAGAUCAGUUUGUGGAGAUACACACUGCCAGUGUCAAUGCACUAGUCAUUGUAAGGGAGGAAAAAGAGUAUUGAGGAAGGACUGAGACUACAAGUUAAGAAGGCCCUCUGCAUUUCCUGGAGUGCCUCUCAAAAACCUUUGACAACCAUUCUGUGGGCUGCUUUUUAGCCUAGUUAGGCCCUGAUUCUGCAAUGGCCUCUUGAUUGUAAACUACCAACUGCUGCAUUGCCAACAGAGUCUGGACUGCAUAUGAGUCCAUAAAAAUUUGUAAAACCCUUCUUUCAGUUCUGAGAUUUUGUAAUUUUUUUACUUUCUACACCUAAUGUCAUUGGCCUCUCCAUAACAUGGUAUUUUUAUAUGGGAUUAUUUCCUUGUUCCCCAAAUUGUAUGAUUUUUUUUUAGAAAAAAAUGCAGCAAUCUUAAUCUAUCUCCAUAUUUUAUACUACUGUGAUCAUUCAAGCAAAUCUGGAGAGAAAGCUGCUGCUAUUUGACAACUGUGAUACUGUGAUAUUUUAUAAAAUUUAAGAAAUUCAAGUGCUUUCUUUUCAUUUUGCUAAGUCUUUUUUUUAAAACCUAGAAAAUCAGAUGCUGCCUCUUUAAUGUGUCCAAACCACUUGUGUAAUAAAUAGAAUGUCGUUAUGUCAUCAGUUCUUGGAGAUGCCAAGGUAACAGUCAAGUCUAAGAAGCUGUGAUGCUGGUGUUAUGCUUCAUUUUUUCCCCCUGAAAGUUGUUUUUAAACGGACCAACCCCUCUUUUAUACUGUUGUGUAUCAAUCCUUUAAAAUGCUUUAUUUUUCCAAUGCCUCAAGCCCUGUUUGUAUUUUUUCCACCUGAACACUGAGCACACAAAACUCCAUGCCAUUUGAAAAUGACAGUGUGUAGUGUGUGAUUUACGUUUAAGGGGGGGGGGUUGUUAUAAAUAUUAAAAAUUUUAAAAGGUUUAUAGUUACAGCCAAACAGUGAUGAAUGUGUGGCCUUUGCCAUAGCUGUCAAGCUAGGAAAUAAAAGGUCAAGGACCUGGGACAAUAACUCUUAGUCAAUUUAUUUUCGGUUGGUACAACACAUCUCAUGUGCAAAAUGUUAGUCCAUCAUAAACAUCAUACAGAUACACUAAAGAGCACUAAUUUAUCCUCAGAGACCCUGAAGACACCCCCUCCCCAGGGUUUAGAAAAUUUGUUUUGUGUGCUGUGAGUGGUUGAUGUAGUCUUGUCGUUGUUAAUAACUUGUAUGUGAACACUAUUAUUUUGUACAGUUGAAUUAAUUUAUUUUCAGACACCAUCCCCCCACUUCCCAUCCCUCAACCCAAUCCCUACCCUCAUCCUUGGAAGAGUACAAAGCACACCAAAGAAUUAUAUUAUAAAUUUUGGUGAAAGAUUGUCAUUUAUGAUUCUGUGGUUUGUAUAAAAAAGAAAAGAAAGUUAAAAUAUAUUUUUAAGCUUACUUGAAUGAAUAGCAUAAUGUGAAAAACAAGACUCUUCCUGCAUGUCUCCUUUGCAUUGUGUUGGUUAUGAAGUAAUAUAUAUAGUUUAUAGAUAUAUUAUAUUACUAGUACAGUGCAUGGUGCUGUUACUUUGGAAGCCUUUAAACAUUGUCUUCAGAGUGUUAUGGUGACUAUAAAAGAUAUAAUCCCUGUUUUUAGAAAAAAAAGACAAAACUUGAAUACAAAAUAAUUUAACACUGGUAAAGUUUAUUUGAUUUGCAUAUUCUCACAUCCCUUCCAAAUAAACAGAAAAUAAGAGUAAGGUAUGGAUUUUGGGAGGUUAAUUUAUGUUUCAUAAAACUUAAUGAGAUAAAAAUAUUUCUAAUGUUUUAUUUAUAAUUUUUAAACUAUAGUUUGCACUAUACUUUAUUAUUCUCCAGAAUUAUUUAUUAUUAAAUGAAGGACUGUGUUACUAUUUUAUGUGCUUUUCCACACAUAGGAUUACUAAUUUUCCCACAGAUUUAUCAGUCCAUGAGACAGUCCCAAAUAUAGAAUCUGUACCUCCAAUAGAAAUCAAGCAAGAGUAAUUUUAAGGUUAAAAAAAAACCUAAAUAAAAGAGUAUUAUGUAUUGCCUAUGUUUUACAUAGCUGCAUAUCUGUGUCUAGCAAUACUUCUGUUAUUAAUGCAGUUCACUGGGAAGGUCUCUGGCCUACAAUAUCAUAGGCUCACAAUCAGAAAAUAUUUAUAAUUUGGUUUUACUUAAUUUGCUAUUUAUCUUAGGAUAUAUAGAUGUUGCAGAAACCCUGAAUGCUACCUGAAGGUUAAAUAUGUUGAAUUUAUGGUGUGUAUGUAUAUGUAUUAUGUAUUAUUCUUGCUUUAAAAAACUUGAAUAAUAUCCUUAGUAAUUGAGUGGGAAGGUGAAAACUAAAUGGAUAGCAUUUCUUUAAAGUUUAAUCUUUUUUUUUAAGUAAGAGAAAUAAAGGAAGAGGUGAAAAAGAGAGAGCUUUCCCCGAAAGGGACAGACUAUCCAGAGCAAAACCUGGAGUGGUCGAGUUCAAGAUUCUGAAUACAAGCUAACAUGAAAGCAACAAAAUAGCUAGUUUCAGCUUUCUCUUACAACUGAUUACUUGGGGAGGGUUGUGUGUGGAUAUCAGUGUAGAUCCAAAGAUGACCAUUUUGAUUUGUAAAUUCUGAGGCUAAAUUAGAUUCUGCUGUAAUGGUGAAAUA